GGGCCCGGGGGGUCCGGGCCGCCGUGUCCGCGGGGUGCGAUGGGGUUUCCUCCCUGCAGGCCCGGGGCCGCGACACCUCCCCACGCUCGGCAGCUCCACCAGACCCCACCCGGGCACACCGACAGCUCUGUCCAGGUCCAGCAAAAGAGCUCAGCUGUUGUCCAGAAAAAAUCCUACGUCCCCAGUAGCAGGGGAGAAUAUAUCGUCACCAAACUCGAUGACCUGAUCAACUGGGCCCGAAGGAGCUCCCUGUGGCCGAUGACGUUCGGCCUGGCCUGCUGCGCCGUGGAGAUGAUGCACAUGGCGGCUCCUCGCUACGACAUGGACCGCUUCGGGGUGGUGUUUCGCGCUAGUCCCCGGCAAGCCGAUGUCAUGAUUGUGGCCGGCACCUUGACGAACAAAAUGGCUCCAGCUCUGCGGAAGGUCUACGACCAGAUGCCGGAGCCUCGCUACGUCGUCUCCAUGGGGAGCUGUGCCAACGGCGGCGGCUACUACCACUACUCCUACUCCGUGGUGAGGGGCUGCGACCGCAUCGUGCCGGUGGACAUCUACGUGCCAGGUUGCCCACCUACUGCUGAAGCUUUGCUGUAUGGAAUCCUGCAGCUUCAGAAGAAAAUCAAACGGGAGAAGAAGAUUCAGAUCUGGUACAGGAAAUAGCCUCUUGUUUCUGACCUGCCCACUGACUGCCCCCCCGGGGCACCUGCUUGCAUCGAACGCACAAAAAACCUGUAUCCUCACAAGCCUUCCAAUAAAACCUGACCUGGUUAAGAC